AUGAAGGUUCUAUGUGAUCAUGCUUUCUUCAAGAAGCUUUAGAUAUUCUAGGAAAGACUACUAAAUGCCUUAUUCAAAAGAUAAUAAGAUUAAAUGCUUGAAUUAAGCAUACAGCUAUCAGAAUCCGUAUAUGGACUUUAAACUAUUAACAAUGAUAGUCCAUUAGAGAAGACUGAAGCAUUUGAUAAUUACCAACAAAAAAUGAAAAACUAAAUUGAAUAAAUAGAAUUCAAGUUGACUGAUUUCCUUAUCAGAAGUUUCAAUCUUCCCAAUAAUUAAAGUAAUGAGAUAUACAAAAGUUUAAAUAAACUAAAUUAAGCUAUUAAUAUUGUAACUCAAAUUCAAUAAAAAGCUUCUAGAAAAGAAUAUGACAUUGAGAAUAUUCCAAUGUAUCUUGAUUAAAUAAAAGAGGAAAGCAAAGUUGACAAUUUUCAUUUUCAAACGAUUUCUGAGGUAGAGGAUUAUGUUUAUUAGGUAUUACACAAGCAUCGAUAGCUAAAUAAGGAUAGAAAGGAUGCAUCACUUGAGGAUUUAAUGGCUGUAACAGCAACUGAGAAUUCAUAGGAUUUGACGAAUAAGAUUAGGCAGCUCAUUUAUAUGGAUAAUCAAAGAGGGGACUACUAUAGCGAUUCCUAAUCUGACGGGAUGCCUUCAAUUAUUCAGGAAACUAAAAAUUUUGCAAAUAUGUUCUUUAAUGUAAAAGAUCUGAGCGAAUCAAUUGAUGAGCUAGACCCCAAAAAAAUAAAGAAAAUAGAGUUUAGCUAAUCAAUUAAAAAAGAAAAAUUUGAAAAAAGUCUACCAUUCACUCAUGAGAAGAUUGAUAGAGUUGUAUUUUAAGGAACUUCUAAGAACAAAGAAUUUAGCAUCGAUGAAGCAAAGAAACUUUUAAAAAAGGUCGUUAAAGAUCGUAAAGUUUCUAUAUAAUCUGAAUAAUCUUUUGAGGAUCCAGGCAUUUACACUGAUCGAAGAUAUUAAGAGCUUAGCUCUUUACCCUCAACAAUAGACGAUCAUUUUGCAAAUAUUUAGGUUGAAUUAAAGCCUUAGAAAAAUAUUAUCUCAGAUGAGCAAUCUUCCGAUUUUUAUUAUAAAGGUUCAAAAGAAAAUUUACAAGAUACUGUGAAAAGAUUUAAGCCAUCUAAUAAAAAUAGUUAGGCUCAAUCUUAAUAGAACUCUGAGUAAAGUUCAGCUAUAAAAAAACGAAAAUUGUAGCCUGAUUAAUUUAAUAUGGAGCCUUAGAAAAAAUCUGUGAGCAGACUUAAAAUUAUUGAUAAGCCUGAGGAUGAAGCACCUUAACUGCGAAGAGAUUAAUCACAGUAAAAACUUAAUUCUAAUCCAUCUCAUAUUAAUCUUGCAUUGAAACUUAGGAGUAAGAUGGAGUAACUAUAGUAAUAAGAUUUGCCUAAGCAGUAAUUGAUUUCUUAAAAUCAAUUGCCAAGCAAAUAAUAAAAUUAGGUUAUGCCUAAUAUAAAAAAUAAUGAAUUCGAGGCCUUUAUAAGGGAAGACAUAUUAGAAUAAUAAUAAAUGCAAAAGAUCAAAUAAAAAAAGAAAAAGUCCUAGGUGAAUAACUCUGUAAUAAUAUCUGAUAAAUUUAAUGUUGAUGAUGACAACAGCAUUUUCACAAAAAAUAAGAAAAACAAUGAUCAUCAUUCUAGUGGGAUUGAGGAAAAGGAAAAUCUUAAAAAGUCAAAAAGGAAAAAUUCUAGUCUCAAAAGAUAAGGCAGUCUUCCUAAAAUUGGAGGACAAAAUAUAUCUAUGAUAAACUAAGGUGUAAAUCAAUCAUUAUUAGGAGUUGAUAUGAGUUAAAUGCAUGUGAAUUAAUCUUACAUACAACCUUAAUACCCUCAAAUAUCUUAGAAAAUAAAUAAUAAGAAGUAAAUAUCAUAGAUAGGCUCAACUUAUAAUGAAUUCAUUAAUAAAUAUUUGAGCGUAGCAAAUAAUUAAAAAACUAACAAUAAAUAAAAGGAGGAUAAAUUUAAGAAUAGUUCAGAUUAGUUGAAAAGAAGUAAGUCUCAAGGAGGAUUCAAUAAUUUAUCCCAAAAUUAAAACUAGAAUUAAAUUAGCUAAGCCUAUGUGGUGAAUGGCAGUAGGAAAAAUAGUGCAUCUAAAAUAAAAGGUUCUGAUAGCAAUUAGAAGUAGAUGCAAAGAAGUAAAAGUACUAAGAAGCAUCAAAAUCCUAAUGAAUAAAAGUAAGGAUAUUAAAUAGGCUCGCUAAAUGUUAUUGGAUCUAAUGGGAGCGGGAAACUGAACAAAUAUAAAUCAGCAAAGAGACUAGUUAUACUGGAUUAAUGA